GGUCAUUUUAGCGACUUUCAGGUCUGUUCACCACGUUGGAGGCUCUGGUUCCCGCUCUCCAGGUCGGGGCCGACGUGACGGACAGGGCGUGAGAGGAGGCUUUGUUCUAUUGCACAGAGACGGGUUUAGGGUCGGGGACAUCGCCUCCUGGAAGGCCGGCCUCGGGAAGUCGGUGCCCCGGUCCCCGCCGGUCGCUCGGCUGUCACCACUUCACUCGGCCCAGGGCCUUCGAUGGCGGCGGCCGCGCUGAGGGGCCCGGCUCAGGUUCCCACGCCUGCAGAAGUGCUUUUGGAACCUACACGGAUAAGUGGAGGUGUCCCAAAGCCUCACUGGUCCCAACCCACAUUUUCCCUGGGUUUGUGGUGUCAUCAGACUCUUUACCUGCCAUUCUCCCAGGCCUUGGGUGUGGGGACCCUGGAGAAUCCCCAGCCAAGCUCAGGGUCUUGAGUGUAGGCUGGGGGUUAUGUGGAGGGGUUCCCUUUUAGGACCAUCAAUGGAAAGAGACGUGGAAGCUUAUCACAAAAACAGCAGGGAUGUGUGACCUUUGAGGACGUGGCCCUGUAUUUCUCCUGGGAGGAAUGGGAUCUCCUUGACGAGGCUCAGAGGUGCCUAUACCACGAUGUCAUGCUGGAGAACUUUGUACUUACAUCUUCGCUGAGUAAGACUCACAUCCACCCCUGUGCCCUGGGUUGUUGGAGUGAAGUAGAAGGUGAGGAGACACUUUCUGAACAGAGCAUUUCUGUAGAACAAGCAUCACAGAUCAGGACUCUUAAGGCAGGUUUGUCUCCCCAGAAGGCACAGCCCUUUGAGAUGUGUGGACCAAUCUUGAGAGACAUUUCAUGCUUGGCUGAGCACCAGGGAACAUACCUUAGGCAGAAAAUGUACACAUGUGAGAAACGAUUCUAUUUCACAGCCAACCUUCAACAGUACCAGGGGCAACACAUUAGAGAGAUCCCCUUCAGAAGUUCUGUGGACAGGGCCUUGCUUUCAAAGAGCUGCAUAGUCUAUGUGUCAAGGAAGCCAUUUGCCUGUGGGGAGAUUGGGAAGAACUUUUUAGCCAGCCUGGGAUUUCUCCAUCAACAGGUCACUCAUACUGGGGAGAAACCAAACAACAGGUCACUCAUACUGGGGAGAAACCAUACUGAGGCUGUCUUUCACAGCGAAAAAAGUCAUCACAACUGGGGAGAGUUCAAGAAAGCCUUCAGUUCCACAGAUGUACAUGCUCAGAACCAGAGAGUUCUCACUCAAGAAGGGCUUUAUGAAUGUAGCAAAUGUGGAAAAGCCUGCACCCGAAGAUGUAACCUCAUUCAGCACCAGAAAGUUCACACUGGAGAAAGACCUUUUGAAUGCAGUGAAUGUGGAAAAUUCUUUACCUACUACUCCAGUUUCAUUAUACAUCGGAGAAUUCACACUGGGGAAAGGCCUUAUGAGUGCAAUGAAUGUGGGAAAUCCUUUAGCCAAAGCUACAGCCUCAAUAGCCAUAGGAAAGUUCACACUGGAGAAAAGCCCUAUGAGUGCAGAGAAUGUGGAAAGUCUUUUAGCCAAAGGUCCAAUCUCAUUCAACAUCAGAGAGUUCACACUGGAGAAAGGCCUUAUGAGUGCAGUGAUUGUGGGAAGUCCUUUAGCCAAAACUUUAGCCUCAUUUACCACCGGAGAGUUCACACUGGAGAAAGGCCUCAUCAGUGCAGUGAAUGUGGAAAAUCCUUUAGCCGAAGCUCCAGCCUUAUUCAUCACAAAAGACUACACACUGGAGAAAGGCCUUAUGAGUGCAGUAAAUGUGGGAAAUCUUUUAAGCAAAGCUCUAGCUUCAGUUCACAUCGGAAAGUCCACACAGGAGAAAGGCCUUAUGAGUGUGGGGAAUGUGGAAAAUCCUUUAGCCAUAGCUCCAACCUCAAGAACCACUGGAGAGUUCACACUGGAGAAAGGCCUAUUGAGUGCAGUGAAUGUGGGAAAUCCUUUAGCUGCAAAUCUAACCUUGUUAAACACCUGAGAGUUCACACUGGAGAAAAGCCCUAUGAGUGUGGGGAAUGUGGAAAAUCCUUUAGCCAAAGCUCAAGCCUCAUUCAACACCGAAGAGUUCACACUGGAAAAAGGGCUUAUGAGAGCAAUAAAUGUGGCAAAUCCUUUAGCUGCAAAUCUGACCUCAUGCAACACCAGAGACUUCACAAUGGAGAAAGAGCUUAGAUGUACCAGGGGUGUGCAGUUUCCUUUUAGUAUAAUUACACUGAAGGAAAGAACUUGUGAGGGAGCCAUUUACCUGAAUUAAAACCCAUACAUCUGAAAAUGCACUGUGGGGAGAUUCUCCUUAAGUUCCAGAUAUGUGGGAAUCUUAAGGAUCUGUGUUACACUUGUAACCUGCCCAGGGCCCUUGUCAGUUUCUAUGGCUCCUCUCUCACCUGGCAGGUCCACACAACGUAUCAGUCACCACCCUAACCAGCUCAGGGAAGGUGACCUCUGGCCCCUCAUUUGCUGGAGGAAAUCCGAGUAGUCUUAGCCCUUCUGGGGUCGUCAUUCCUUUAUUUUUUACAGGUUAGGGUGUGGACCUGACUCAGUUUGGCCCAGUGUACCCAAUCUGAGUUCUGCUGAUGACUUGUCAAGAGGGCUACAUUUUUAAGGACAUGUUAGAUUCAUGUGACAUAUUUGGGAUAUUCCCAGCCCUCAAGUCACCAACCUGAGAACUGCCUGCCAUGUAUUGCUUUGGAUUUUGCAAGAAUAAAGGCAUUAAUGUUUAAGCCACAUUUCAUCUUGGGUUCUGUUCACUGUGUGAGAUGAUCUGAAAACAAUUUGGCUCUGCCAGCAUUAAGGAGUGAACAGUUUUUGUGGGAAUUCAGUGCUCUGUGUGCCUCAGGUGAUAGGGUGGUGGAAGAAUAUACCUCUUCAGUUUUGGCCUUAUAUACAUUGUUAUCCAAGGCCUCCUAGGAAAGACUGUGGGGUUUUGUUGUCCUUAUUUGUGGACUAGGUGUCAGGAUUUUUUGGUGGGCUCAGGGAACACCCCAAGGAGUCAGGAAGUUGUGACAACCUCAAGUGCUCCUGGGAACAACGUCAAUUGUUUUUCUUCUCACAGUGUUUAUCACAAAAUGCUCAGCAAUGUUGAGGGGAAUUUGUACCCCAGGUCCUGCAAAGGAGCCAUUUGUCCUGAUACCCAGGAUUCACUAGGCUAGUUUCACUGUGAAGUACAGAGCCCUGGGAAACCAUAUUUGGUAUUUAACACUGGAGUAGAGGAGACUACAGAAAAAUAAAUGGAGUAUGCCGCUGCUAAAAUUGCACAAAAAAUGCUCCAGUCACUGUGACUCUGAAGGAUCAAUGUGCACACAAAUUCUCAGGACCUCAAGGCACGUAUAUCUUUUGUAGCCGAGGUCAUUUUCAGAGAAAAUACGCUAUUGGUUGUAUGGAUUCCCAUAGCCUUUCUGGGAUGUUCACGAAAAGGCCAUUGCUAUACAGGCAGAGAAACAAGCAUAGAUUGAAAUGAGAUCUCUUAGUCCAGCGGUGUGGCUCUGUGACCUAGCCAGCAUUCCUAUUGACUCAGGUGGAGACAAAUUUCAUUGCUUAUCAAUAUUUGUUAUCCGUGAAUCAAGGCUACUCCUCUAAGGUCAUCAGGAAAGAGUCAAUAUAGGCUUGCCAGACCUGAUUUUCUAAAAAGAGUGGGAGAUCUAGAUUUUUGUUUUGAACCAUUUUGUAAAGCUUUGUUCAGAUAUAGUUGACAUGCAAUAUCCUGCAACUAUUUGAAGUGUACAAUUAGUUAAAUUUUGACGUGCAUACAAACUCAUGAAACCUGGUCAUAAUCAGGAUGAUGUCCAUCACCCUUUAUUUACUUCAUGUCAUUUUAUAAUCUGUCCUUCCCCUCCCCAGGCCUUUAGGCAACCAUUGAUUUACAUUUCAAAUAGAUUAGUUUGUAUGUGCUAGAAUUUUAUAUGAUUUGAUUCAUAAAAUCUCUAUUUUUUUCCGGUUUCAUUCAUGGUUCUUCAGUGAUGCUUAUGUGAGUAGUUUAUUCUUUUAUUUGCUGAGUAAUAUCUUUUUUAUGGAUAGAUCAUUUGUUUAUCCAUUCAUCUGUUUAUGGUCAUUUGGGUUACUUCCAGUUUGGGCUACUGCAAGUAAAGCUGCUAGAGCAUUUGUGUAUAAUACUUUAUACAAGGUCUGACAAGUUCAUAAACUUGUUGCAACAAUGUUGCUAACCUUUUUUGAUAUCAGUGGGAUUAUUCUUUAUGAAUUUGUACCAACUGGACAAACAAUUAGCCA